ACACCAUCUCCGCUAGAACAGUACGAUCAUCGACGACUCUUCCGACAUUGUCGCCGUCGCUCAUCGGCUUGCUCUGCUUAGGAGGACGUCAAGAUAGUACUCGUGCACACGUUCUUUGACUCUUGUCGGCGAGAGAGUCGAUCGCACGCCGUGACAGGGAUUAUCCCGGCCUUGCUUACUUCAUCCCUACGCGUCACAUCUCUCGACCAUGAGUCUAUCGCGCCCGGAUUCUGGUCGACCAAGGCGGGCGUUGGGCCAGCUUUCUGCCAAUGACUUGUCUUCUGCUUCAAAUCACGUCAAUUCGGUAGCGGCACCUGUCAAGCUCACUAGGACCACAGCACUUCCAACGCCCCCUCCCUCGCAAAAGGAUGCCUCUGCAAGUCCAAAUCUGCUGGGGCAGCAGCCAAGUUCGACACCCACCAAAAGGUCUCUUCGAAAUGGACAAGGAAACAAGCGUGUGCGUGACUCGCCCAGCUCCUCUGUCUUCCAUUCGCCUCGUGGGACCAGGUCGACGCCCAAUCCGCGUGCGAGAAAGGUGGCAGACAGGUCGUCGAGGGGCAGCCCCGUCGCGAUGCACAGAAUGCUGCAGGAGCAGGAGCAGCCGCAAGAGGACGAGGGCGAGGAGGAAGACUCGGACGAGGAGGACUACGAUGCGCACAUGACGGACGAGAUCAUUCUCUUACCCACCUCCCUCUCAAGGUCUAGACUCGAGUCCUCCUUCAACGAGUCCUUUCCUCUGAUCUCGACACCAGUGACUAAGCCGCGUUCUCCUCGGGGCAAGCAGCCAACCUCUUCAAGUGCCUUGAGAAUGCAACAGGCAAGAGAGUUUUCUUCUUUCCCUCUUGCAUCGACACCUAUCGCAGCUCCAUCACGCUCUCGAGCGGCAAGCAAAGACAAGGCGCCUCUACUCAAGACCCUUCACUACAGCGACGGCCCAUCUCCCUUGCUCCCUCCAGGAGAUGACGUUUUCGACGUUGAUUUUCAGCACGGAGAAGAGUUCACAGAGGCAAUAGAGCCGGCUGCUAGCAGCAAUCAGCCUUCAGCUAUAUCAUCCCCGGCACAGUCGAAGCAGGCGAUCAGUCGCGGCUCAAAGGCAAAGGCGGCUGGGACGAGGACGAAAGCAACGAGGAAGGGCAAGGGCAAAGCAAAGGUCUCCGACGACACCGAUGACGACGACGGCUUUGUCCAAAAGUCCAGCGACUAUUCCACACCGAGCACGCCGGUCAAGAUCCCGGAGAUCGUGCCGACACCCCGCUCGAAUAGGGCCGCUUCACGCUCGAAAUCCACGCCAGCAGCUAAGGCGUCGCCUGCGUCGAAGAGAUCAAAGAUUAAGGAUCCGUCGAGGAGGUCGGUCUCAAUUCUGGGAGACGAAGAGCAGGAGAUCCAGGGUCGGUGCCGCAGCGUCGGAUCGCGACGGACAAUGAGUCCACCUGCGCUGAGCAGACUCAGCGAAGAAGUUGCACCGCGACCUCCGAGCCCGUCGGAUGACCCGAUGCUCCUGCGAGGUCCGAGCCGGAAUGACGUUGACGACCGCCAUGCUUCGGCUUCGCUGACCGGUGGGAUCAAUGGCAACCAGCUUGGCGUCUCUGAAGACCUCGAGAUCAAGUCGGAGGACGAAGAUGAGGUUUUCGGUACAGAGCACCUCUUGAUGCAUGAAGGCCCCUCGAUUGACGGCGAAGAUGGCACCUAUAAUCAAGCACCGCUUUCUCUCACAGCUACCAGUCAGAGAAACGAUUCACAUUUGAAAGAGCAGCAAGGCUUCGGCUUCGAACCAAAUGACUUUAUCGACCCUCGUUUGCUGGUCAAGAAGGGCGACGACUCUCCCUCACGUGAAGACAAAACUCGUGAGGAGGAAUCCUCCCUUGAAGAAGAGUCGGACAGAGAAGAGUCGUUCUCUGCAGCAGAGAUGAUAUCCAGGGAGGGAAGCGAGGACGAGCAAGAGCGAGCAAGACAGUCCGACAAUGAGGACGAAGACGCAGAAGGAGGACAUGGCAUCUCGAGCGAGAGCGUCGACGCAUACUCCCAUAUACAUCAAAGUCCCAACGGCAACGCAUUCAGCGACCAGGAAGAGGUCAAUGACGUGUACACAGAGGCACUUGACGAGCAGCAGGAAGAGAGCACAAAUUCCGAACGAAGCGCUUCGCCCAUGCUUGUCGAGAUGGGAUACAAUGCAGAGUGGGACAUGGCUCUGAGGCGUAGCGCGACGGCAUUGGACCACGACCUUAGCGAAGGGGAAGCGAGAGAGGAUGACGAAGAGGAAGGAGAGGAGAGACUUCUUGAACAUCAUAGAAAGACCGAAGAGCAAGAGAAGGCAGAUGAGCAGAUCGUGGAUCAGCUCAUUGACAUGGACCAGGUGGAGGAGGUGCAGACCGAACAUGACUUUGCAAAGGGAAAAGGCGACGAAGAAAGAGCAUGGCAGGCGCCAAUGGAGGCCACGGUCGAGAAACAAGCUCAAAGGAUAACUAAAGCGAUGCCAGUUGACGAUGCUGCGCACACCAAGUCUAAGAAUGAGGCUGUCAUGCAAACGGAGCAAGAGACAGAGGAAGAGAAGAGAGUCGUGGAUAUCACCAUUUCGACGGACUCGAGCUUGCCCUCUCCGCCUCGAGCCCAAUCGAUGAUGAUCGACGCCGACGGAGAGGCGUCAUUCUUCGGCCGCCGGUAUCGCUCAUCGACGGCCAUGGAUCGCUCAGCGACCGACAUGCCCUCUCAUAGCGUAAAUAUGGCAUCGCCAAGCUUUGCAAGGACUGAACGUCGAGCGCCCUUUGUGCGCCAUGCUUCAGUCCCCGCCGAAGAUUCAACCCUUGACGUUUCUAUGCAGGAGCGAUCAGCCAUGCUUUCCAUGCGUCACAACGCCGUCGAGAUCGCUAGCUUUGACAAGGACGCAGCUGCCCGCGCCGUGGCGGUGCUCACACAAUUCUCCGACUUCGUCCAGUAUGGCUCGCUCGACAGCCUCGCUGGGCCUAGCAAUGCCGAUACAACCUCGAAGCAGAUACGCGAUAAUGUAGCAUCUGGACCCACGCCGCUGAGUUGCAAUACCUCGAGCGACACGAGGUUUGCCAUUCCCUCGAGACCGGCAUCUUCAGUCAGAAGAGCCUUUGACCAAUCACCAGCGACACCCUUUGUGCCAGGCGGCUUCCCGCGGACGCCCAACGUUGCUGCGGCUACUCCGUCACCUUCGCUCGGCAGGGGCGAAGAGGCGGUCUUGUAUGCCAGUAAAGACGUCCUCCUCGAGAAGGCUCGGAGAGGUCAUGGCAGACUACUUGUCGAUGCCGGCGACUGGAGCAAGGCGGCGUGGGCAUCGCUGGAUGACAUCUUCACUGCGGAAAUUCUUGCAGGUGCAAACGUUGUGCUUAAAGGCGGCCAAAAGCUUAGGGGCCAGGCUCAAAAGGAGGCCUUGAAACGGAUCGAUGGCCAAGCUAUCCUAGACGUGUUCCUCGAAGCUCAUCACAUCGAGCCCGAGGACCUCAUUGGCGAAUGGUCACGAAGGAAGCUGAGCAAUCGCGUCGCUGCCCUCCGUCGGCGGCAAGCCAUUCGAGUUGAGCGCCGAUUCCCAGGCACGCUCAAUGAAGAGGAUCGCAGAGAACUUGGCAUCGACCUGCUUGGCUUGGGCUCUUACAGCGAAAGCUUGCCCCAGACUCCGUCGAGCCAGCACACGAGGGCUCGCAGCGAAUCAAGUGUCUUUAGGUUCGAAGAGGAGGGUGUUGUUCCGUUCGUCAUGGAGUCGACUCCUUUACCAAAGAAUGUGGGGGCAGAGGCAUCGUCUCUCUAUCCUAAGCUUCCAGCCCUGGGCGCUCCCGUGCAAACGUCUGAGCCGAACACACCAAGCAGAGAAAGGUCCGCCAGCCCCUCGCCUUCACAGAUGAUGGAGACGCCCCGCAGGGAAAGGAGCUUGGUGGGACUGGCUUCGAAGGGCCUCGGCUUCUUGGCUUCAAAGGUCGCCACCCCUCUUCGCUUUGCAAUCGCAAAGGAAGCCCCAACAACCUCUGAGGACGGCAAACACGUGCAACGAGAGCAGGAUCGAGAAGGUGCACAGGCUGAUGCUCAAGCACCUAUGGUGAUGACGCCUGCGCCGCCACCUCUUCACGCAUCGGCAGAUCGUUCUCGAAGGGACUCAAUGGUGUCCACCUCAUCAGUGUCUUCGAUGAGAAGUGAACCGAAGCCAGGACCGCCUCUUGAGAUGCGUGCGGUCGAGCGCAGCCCCUCCGUUGCGAGUCUGGGUGCUGCCAUUGCAGAACUCGCUGCCAAACGUAAUCAACGUGCCUCUCUCGAGCGAUCCCGCAGCAUGUCAUUCCAGAAGGGCGAUAGCUCAUACGAGGUCGAAACGAGCUUCGCAACUCGUAUCGAUGGGUCUUUUGCAGCGUCGUCCGCGUCGUUGCGGCGCGUCAACAGCUUCAGCUCAGCGAGUAGCGGCGACAGCAGCGUCGUUGGCGCCUUUGGCUCAUCGAGGAGGACCGGCACGUCCGGCCAGGUGGUGCAGACUGCACUGAGCAACCUCAAUGACGGCAUUUCCCAUUCGAAAGCGGCGGCCAAGGUGGAAGAGUUUCGUAGGAGCCGAUCGAGUCGAGCAUGGAAGAGCCCGAGGAGCGCAAGGAUGGCCACUGCAAAGAGCGGUGCUGCAGGUGAUACAAGCAUAUUGAGCUCUUCCUUCAGCAGGAUCAACGAGGGCGAGGCGAGCGUCGUGCGCGACAGAAAGACCUUUUGGGAGGAACGGGCCGCAAAGGGCGUGUAAAUCUGCUUCAGUCUAGAAAUCUAAGCACACAAUGUCUUCGUAUCUAUUUCUUCAAUUAUCACAUGUCU